UUUAUAACUGUAAGCAUCCGAACUGCGGCGUCUUAAUAUUUUUUUAUUAUCAUACUUGUAUGUAAUGUAAGCGUUAUCGCAUAUUGUCAUCUAUACUAAGAAUUUUAGUUUUCUUUGAAUGAAAAGAUGCAUAAAUUGUGAAAUGGCAGAAGUAUGUAGAUUAGGAAAUAAGAAAGUCGAAAAUAAAUUUACCAAUUCACACGAAAAUGAUAACUUUUGUGUAUUAAAUGUGUUGUGUGUGUUUAUAGCUCUUGUAACCAUACUCGCUGAUUUAACGACAGAUAUUUUGGUUUUUGCAGAAUAUUGUAAUGCUGGUUAUUUGUAUUGGGCAUCACCCACUCUAAUGUUAAUAUUUGCUCCAAAUAUAAUUACAAAUAUAUUUUCGAUGCGAUGGUAUAUAAAUGAUAGCCAUGCGAAGCCUACUUUAAGAAAUUGGAUUACACAUCUAUUCCUUGUAGGAAUUCUGGACAGGUAUUCUCCUGUAGCAUGUUUGAAUCAUGUCAAACACAGAAAUUUAUAACACAGCGGAAUGAUUUAAGUCUAUUACACUUUUUACAUAUAUUUACGGGGACUGUUCCUCAAGUAAUUUUACAGUCUUAUGCCAUAAUAGUCAUCAAUGGUAACUACUACACAAAAGUUUUUGCAUUGGCUGCAUCAAUUGCAUCAAUAAUUUGUGGAUGCAGUAAUUAUAUUUAUAGUAUAGGUACAUUCAAUAAUCAAAAUGGUCACUGGAAAUCUUUGCUGUUAAAAUAUUUAUGGCAUUUUAGUAUGUUACUUGGGAGGAUACCAAGUAUUCUUAUGAGUGCUAUAAUUUUUGGUCUAUGGAGCUUAGUACCCUUAGGUUUACAUUGGACUGCUAUGACCUUCUGGAUCAUAAUUCAGAAAACAACAUUUUGUCAUAACAAAUUAGAGGAAACUCUUUAUAACGUUGUAAUGGGAUUUGUGUAUUAUUUUUGUUAUAUCAAUUUAAAAGAAGGUGCUACAAGAUACCGACUGCUUAUUUUUUACAGUUUAAUUGUAACUGAAAAUUUUGGGAGCUUAACUUUAUACUAUUUGUUUUCAAAUUAUGAGCAGCAAAAAAAAACUUGGUCUAUAGUGGCCACAGCAUUUGUGAUUACAGGAACUUUAAUCGGGAUAUUGUCAAUGAUUUUAUACUACAGAUACUUUCAUUAUAAUGGUCCGUUAUUGUGGAAAAAGAGUAACAAUGAACUAGAGUUGAAUAAUAAGGCUGAUAUAGAACAUGGCCCUAGUAAUGUGGAGGUGGAUAUAAAAUCUGGCAACAUAAGAACAUUUAAAGAUGUACAAAAAGAUGAUAAAAAAGAAAGGGAAGGACCUUCUGCCCAAAAUCAAACAUCUAAAAGCGAUACACAAAAUGCCGAUAAGAAAUUUUUAUUAGAUCAUUGGAUUGCAAGAGCUGCAACCCCAACGUUUUCUUCAGUUCCCAUUGGAAAUGAUAGCAUGGACGUCUCAAAUAUAGAAUUUUAUACCGUUGAGAAUACACCACAAAGUACUUCAUGUACGGAAAAUUUGGAACUUUGCGGAAGUAGGAAAAGGGUUCUAAAUAAUUAUAAAACUCGGCAAAUUUGUGUGCCUACUGAAUUGGCAUUAAAGUUAUCGUCAAUGGAUACCUUAGAAAGUUCAAUAGAUGAAAUAACAUGUAAUAAUAUCAAUAUGCAAAAAAGACGCGGUAUUUGUUCCUCUGAUGAAUUAAGAGAUGAUUUACCAAAUAUGGUAGAUAUAGAUGUUGUGAACAGAAAUUUUAUGAAGAAUAUUAAGGGUGAUCUUUGCUCAGAAAUCAGCCAUGAUACAGAUGGUUCUAACAAGAAAACUUCUUCAGACUCUAUUGAUAUGGAUUUGGAUUUGAGUUUUAGUGAUAUAAAUAGUUCUGAUAUAAAUACUUUUAACGAAAAUAUUGUCCAAAAAUUAUGCCUUAGUGCUCUUAAAAACAUUAAAGUGGGAAAUCAAGAUGCUGAUAUAGAAAACAUCCAGAGAAUAGCAUUAGAUAUAUUAAAAGAAAUGUAUACUAAAAAAGGUAAAGGAAAAUGUCUGUUAAAUACCGAUUCUUUUGUAUCGAAGCAACGAGAUUUGGACACACCAACAGAAAUUCUUUCAGUUCAUGAUUAUGAAAACAUAUGUGCAGUAAAUAUAGCAAGGGAAGCGUGGGGCUUGAGAUCAUGGAAUGGAUACUCUGAUAUUGAGAAUUGGUUGCAUGAUGGUAGCGUUGUAAGAGACAGAAGACGUGAUACACUUACUUCAGGAAGUUCGGAAAUAAGUAGUUGUUUGUCUCAAGAACUAAAAAAUGCUAUAAUAUCGGCGCCGCCAUUUCUUAAAAAAGCUCCAACUUAUUCUAAUGUUUUUGUUAGGUUUGAAAGAACAAAUCAAGAGGAUUACGUUAAUACUCCUAUCUAUAGUUCUAACGAUGAUACAUUUUUAGCAAAACCUUGUUUAGUAGAUGUAAUGAAAGACUCAAACUUUUUGGAACCAAUAAUUGAAGAACUUGAUGACUUAGGAGAUAAAGAUCUACCGAUUAAAAAGAGAUUAAAUUCAGAAAGCUCUCUGGUCGCCACAAUCGAUGAAAUAAGGAAAGUAACCGUUAACAAUUCCCCAAGGAAUGUCUAUAACAGGAGAACCCGCUUUUGCGAUUCGCCUUUUUUAAGUCCUACGGAUUCAAAUUUAAAAAUGGCGCUAUGGAAAGAACCUUCCAAAUUUGAUUCUAGUAACAUAAUGGUAUCACAACCCGAAAAAGAAAAUAGUAUGAGUGUUUCACGUGGCUUUAAAUUUGAAUUGCCUAAAAAAGACCGCAAUGAAUCAAAUUCAGACGACAUGAACUAUACUCAAAUGUGUUCAUUUUAUACCCGGAACAUGAAACUGCAACCGAGAAUUUUAGAAAAUUCUACAAAAACAAGUAUGAAUAAUAAAACUGAACAGAAUUUUCAAGAUAUUUCUAAUAGAGACAUAGAUUUGCUAUGGCAAAUAGUGUCUGAAAAUUCAGUUCCACAUAGUUCGGCCGAAGAUUUGAGUUCAAAUCGUAUUACUUCCUCCCUUCAGUCAUUAAUACAAAAGGAUGUAUGUGCCAAUGAAACUUCUGAAAAUGUCACUAAGAUAAUAAAUACAAAAAAAGUACCAAGAAAUCGUCCAAGGAGAAAGUUUUCAAUUUUGAGGGAAAAGUUUGAACCCAGAGUUAAUAUGAAUUCAGACGAAGAAAUUCUAUGUCGUCAUUCUGAAAGUACAAACCAUCACCCUGACGUUAUAGUAAAUGUUAAAAAUAAGUUUGAAACAAUAGAUAAACAAGGUCCAAAAAAUUACAAACUGGAAACAAAAAGUUUAAAUAAAACUAAAUAA